CAAUUAAUGUGAUUAAGGAAAGGCCGCAUAGUUUCCCGUGACAUGCUUUUAUAAGUUUCCCCCAUCCCACCUUCUCCCCUCAUCGCCUCUCCUUCCACCCUCUUCCUUCCUCUCUCUCUCUCUCUCUCACCACCACCGCCACCGCCACUGCAACUGCAACUGCAACUGCCACUACUACUAAACCCAUUCCUUCUUUUCUCCCCCGAUAACCCAAAACUCCAUUGUCGCAAUCUUUAUUCCCUUCGAAAGGUAUUAAUUUGAUUUGCUUUAUAUUCUUUGCCACAAACACCACUCAGUGGCAUAUAUUUCCUUUCAUCCCACCUCCCCCAACCCAAUAGAACACCACCACCACCAUCAUUCACCACUCGCCGCCGCCUACCAACGUUAUUUUCUUGAAAGGCACAAAAUAAGAGGUAUUAAUUUUUUUUUUAAUGGCAAGCAACCAAUUAAAUUGCGACAUGUCAUCCCAACAAGAACAAAACCAGCGAAGAAAGAAACGGAGAAAAUUGACUCAUGAAACGACAGAGAGUCACAUUCAAAAUGACAGCAAAAACCAGCUAGCAGUGAGGUGGCGAACUGAAGCAGAGCGGCGGAUCUAUUCGUCGAAGCUUCUUGAAGCUCUCCGUCGGUCAAGCCGGACAUCUUCUCAUCCUGGGAAGAGGACUCGAGAAGUACGAGAAACCGCUAACAGAGUCCUCGCGGUGGCUGCUAGAGGAAGAACUCAGUGGAGCCGCGCGAUUCUCGCGAAACGGGCGCGGUUGUUGAGAGUGAGGAAGGUGAAGAAACGGAAAUUAAACGGUGAUCGUCGGUUACAGGAGAGAGAGAAGAGGAGGAAGUUACCGGCGGUGGAGAAGAAAGUGAAGGUUUUGAGCCGGCUAGUUCCUGGUUGCCGGAAAGUUUCGUUUGUGAAUCUCUUAGAGGAAGCGAGUGAUUAUAUUGCGGCUUUGGAGAUGCAAAUUAAGGUUAUGACCACUCUAAGUGAAAUUCUCACCGCCGCUCCCCCCCCCGCCGCUGGCGGCGAAGUAGGCGGUGGCGCGGGAGUUGAUGGCGGCUUGUCAAGUUGAGAGCGAGAAGUCAGAUAUAUUAGAGUGUUCGUUAUGCCAGGUGUCAAUUAUAAUUAUUUGUUUUUUU